ACAGAAGGUGUUAAAGCGGCCCGUGUUUACAGGCGGUCACAUGCUCCUCAGUGACGACAGGAUUUUAAGGGGAACUGCUGGUUUGGUGGUGGUGCUUACUGAGGCUCAGCAGAUCAGGGGACAAUGGUAUUAAUUUACUGGCGUUUGUAAAAGAUUUGAGUCCCUAAAAAGAUCAGUGUGCUGUGGUGGAGUGUUCUCUUUUGGGAUUGUAUACAGCAGACUCUGUCACAGACAGGGGAAAUGUCCAGCACAGCCAUGAAGAAAAAGGUGUUGCUGAUGGGAAAGAGUGGGUCGGGAAAGACCAGCAUGAGAUCAAUCAUCUUCGCCAAUUAUAUUGCCAGAGACACUCGGCGACUGGGAGCCACAAUUGAUGUGGAGCACUCCCAUGUGCGUUUCCUUGGCAAUCUGGUUCUAAACCUAUGGGAUUGUGGUGGACAGGACACUUUCAUGGAGAACUACUUCACCAGUCAGAGAGAUAAUAUUUUCCGCAACGUUGAGGUGCUGAUCUACGUGUUCGAUGUGGAGAGCCGAGAGUUAGAGAAAGACAUGCAUUACUACCAGUCCUGUUUGGAAGCAAUCCUUCAGAAUUCACCUGAUGCUAAAGUCUUCUGUCUAGUUCACAAAAUGGACCUUGUUCAGGAGGAUCAGAGAGACCUGAUAUUUAAAGAGCGUGAAGAGGACCUGAAGAGGCUGUCCCGCCCAUUGGCGUGUACCUGCUUCAGGACCUCUAUUUGGGAUGAGACACUUUAUAAGGCAUGGUCAAGCAUUGUCUAUCAGCUCAUCCCAAAUGUGCAGCAGCUGGAGUCCAACUUGAGGAAUUUUGCCCAGAUCAUCGAGGCAGAUGAGGUGCUGCUUUUUGAGAGAGCCACUUUCCUGGUGAUCUCACACUAUCAGUGCAAGGAGCAGCGAGAUGCUCAUCGCUUUGAGAAGAUCAGCAACAUUAUUAAACAGUUCAAGCUGAGCUGCAGUAAGCUGGCCGCCUCCUUCCAGAGCAUGGAAGUGCGCAACUCCAACUUUGCGGCUUUCAUUGACGUGUUCACCUCCAACACCUAUGUGAUGGUGAUCAUGUCUGACCCCUCCAUACCCUCUGCUGCCACCCUCAUCAACAUUCGCAAUGCCAGGAAGCAUUUUGAGAAGCUGGAGAGGGUGGACGGCCACAAGCACAGCUUGCACAUGCGCAUGCGCUAGACAUCUGAUCCUGCCUACAGGAGCUCUCCUUCCUCAGAGGGCCUGCGCGCCGGGGAAACGGCACUCUGGGAAAUUCCUCCUAUCUGCUGACUUCACUGCAUCCAGGGUGUUUUGUAGAGACUCUUUCAUCCCUCUUAAGAUCAAAGACUUUUUCCCGGCUUUCUAUCUGGAACUCUUUGAACAUAACGCUGGAUGGGACUGAAGAAGGUGGUAUAAAUACAAAAAAAAAAAAAUUAUGACUAAGUGGUGAUAAAAUACGUUUAGGGAUGUAACGGUAUAAAAACAGAUAUAAAAAAAAAUGUUUUGAAGGGGAAAACACAUUUUAAACGUACGUCAUCCCCUUAACACGUAAAUAGUGCCAUACAGUAACCUGUAUUCAAACACUUCACACAGAAGAAGAACACAUCAAAUAUAUAUCUUUUUUUUCCUCUUUUUUCUGGUUUUGUUUAGUUUUUCCUCUGUUCAGUUUUAAUGGAUUUGCAUUGUUUGGGUUCGAGUGUUGCGUGUGCUGCUGCUGCUUGCCACAGUACAGGCUAUUGUACAAUAUCUACAAAAUAUAUAUAUAUAUAUAUAUAAAUACAAAAGAUGACAGUGACACGUGUUUAUGGAAAAUCUGCAAGGCUAAACUGUUGUUUAAAAAAAAAAGCAAAAAAAAAAAAAAAAACUUGGUCACAGUCCUUCUGAAGUAAAACACGUGGACACAUCUCUUCUUUUAUAUACACAAAGGAUAUACUGUUUGUAUUUCCUGUAUUUAUUAUCUCGGUUGAUUGCAAAAAAAAAAAAGAAAUAAAAUCAAAGGAAGUAUGAAUGUC